UCUAAUUUCUCGAACCAUCUCUCUCCUUGUUUAACCUAAAACCCCACUCUCUGCUUCUAACUCACUCUAGGGUUUCCAUAUCAUUUCAAAAUUGGAACUUGGAAGCCUUUUGCCUAGCAAGAUAGCGCCUUAUAUUCUGGUCGCCACCAAGCUUUGAAAUUUCAGUUAACGUUAGGGUUUCGUCUCCAUGGCUUCACCAGCAGUGAUCUCCCAACCCCGCUCGUCCUCCAAGACCGAGUCUUAUGUCGACAACAAGCGCAAGGAAGACAUCCGCCAGGCCAACAUCCUCGCCGCUCGAGCCGUGGCCGAUGCCGUCCGGACCAGCCUGGGACCCAAGGGCAUGGACAAGAUGAUCUCCACUGCCAACGGCGAGGUCAUCAUCACCAACGACGGUGCCACCAUCCUCAACAAGAUGGAGGUCCUCCAACCCGCCGCCAAGAUGCUCGUCGAGCUCUCCAAGUCUCAAGACUCUGCCGCUGGUGACGGUACCACCACCGUCGUCGUCAUUGCGGGCGCUCUCCUGAAACAGUGCCACAUCCUUCUGUCCCACGGCGUCCACCCGACGGUCAUCUCCGACUCACUCCACAAGGCUGCCAUUAGAGCCGUCGAUGUCUUGACCGCCAUGGCCGUCCCCGUCGAGCUCACAGACCGCGAUUCGCUGGUCAAGUCCGCAAGCACAUCGCUCAACAGCAAGGUAGUGAGCCAGUACUCGACUCUGCUCGCGCCGCUAGCCGUCGACGCCGUGCUCUCAGUGGUGGACCCCGCGAAGCCAGAGGUGGUGGACCUGAGGGAUAUCAGGAUCGUGAAGAAGCUCGGAGGCACCGUCGACGAUACAGAGACGGUGAAGGGACUUGUUUUCGAUAAGAAGGCGAGUCACGCAGCUGGUGGGCCUACAAGGAUGGAGAAUGCGAAGAUCGCUGUGAUUCAAUUCCAGAUUUCGCCUCCCAAGACCGAUAUUGAACAGAGCAUUGUCGUCUCGGACUAUACACAGAUGGAUAGGAUUUUGAAAGAAGAAAGGAAUUACAUUCUGGGUAUGAUUAAGAAGAUCAAGGCGACUGGGUGUAACGUCUUGCUGAUUCAGAAGAGUAUUCUGAGAGACGCAGUUACUGAUUUGUCCUUGCAUUAUUUGGCGAAAGCAAAGAUCUUGGUGAUUAAGGACGUGGAGAGAGAUGAGAUCGAGUUCAUCACCAAGACUCUGAAUUGCUUGCCCAUUGCUAACAUUGAGCAUUUCCGGGCAGAGAAAUUGGGGCACGCUGAUUUGGUUGAGGAGGUUUCGCUUGGUGAUGGAAAGAUUGUGAAGAUUACAGGGAUUCAGAACAUGGGUCGGACCACUACCGUUCUGGUUCGUGGGUCGAACCAGUUGGUGCUGGAUGAGGCGGAGCGGAGCCUGCAUGAUGCUUUGUGUGUGGUGAGGUGUUUGGUGAGCAAGAGGUUUUUGAUUGCGGGUGGCGGUGCGCCGGAGAUUGAGCUGUCGAGGCAGUUGGGUGCGUGGGCUAAGGUGCUGCAGGGGAUGGAGGGUUAUUGUGUGAAGUCGUUUGCAGAGGCGCUCGAGGUUGUUCCCUAUACACUGGCUGAGAAUGCGGGUUUGAAUCCGAUUGCGAUUGUGACUGAGCUGAGGAACCGCCACGCACAGGGAGAAAUCAAUACUGGAAUUAAUGUGAGGAAGGGGCAGAUUACCAACAUCUUGGAGGAGAAUGUGGUGCAGCCGCUGCUUGUGAGCACAAGUGCCAUCACUCUGGCCACCGAGUGUGUGCGGAUGAUUUUGAAGAUUGAUGACAUAGUUACAGUAAGAUAGAUUGGAUGUUUGUUAUUUCAUCCGUACUCUAUUUCUUUUGAGGUGGAUUUCUGUUCCGAAUUUUGGUAAUGGUACUGGAUGUUUACUUUUGAUUUGAUCUUUGGGUGUUUAUUAAGGGAUGUUAUGGAACUUACCUUUGUCCAUGCAUCUAGUUAGUCAUUAUGUAUUUCUUUUAACUGUGUCGUCUUAAGUUUGCAUGCUAAUAGAGAAGAUGGUUAUUUUGUAUA